AUGCAAUACAUCACCGCAGUGCAGGAGGAAUACGAGGAGGAAGAUGAACCAGAGAAGCUUGCAAUUGCUAAGGUGGGAAGGAAAGAUGCCAAGAAACACCUUGAGCAACUUGUCUCCAACUUGAUGUCCUCAAACAUAGGCCAGACUUUUGGAGCAAUGCUUGAUACUGUUGUCUUCUAG